ACGGAAAUACACGUGUAGCGCGAGCAGACAGCAUCUGUGACCGGUACAGUUGCUCGAUUUGAUGAUCAAGCAUGCGAAUAUUACUCCUAUUAAAUUUGUGGACAAUCGGCUUAUGUUUACAAGAGCCCGAGGAUGAUGGUGGAUGGACUACCGAGCAGCAUCUCCUGUUGGCCCACCCAGGCCCGUGUAGUAUCGAGGUCCGUGAGGCCGACUCUCUGUCGCAGAAGGAGUUUCUAGAGAAGUAUGCUUUUACUCAGCCGGUUGUGAUACGACAUGCUACCGAUAAUACAAAAUUUCAAGAUGCCUGCAGAAAAGAUUUCAUGUUAUCAGAGCAUGGAAUAAAGAAGAUACGCCUGAGUUCAGCAAACACCUACUCCUAUAAUAAAGUGGAUGUGAGUCUACAUAAGUAUGUUCAUGAGGUCAUGAAACCACAGACACUUGACAUGCUGGGGAAUGAAACGUUCUACUGGUUCGGGGACAACAACCACACAGAGUGGGAGGCCCUGUUCAGCCUUUACAAGCCUCCACCCUACAGGCUGCCCAAGAUGUCUGCAGUCUACAGCUUCGGUCUGGCCGGUGCUGGAACUGGGGUGCCCUUCCAUUUCCAUGGGCCUGGAUUUGGAGAAGUUGUGUUUGGACGGAAGAGGUGGUUCAUGUACCCCCCAGAUGAGACCCCUGACUUCCACCCCAACCGGACCACCCUCCAUUGGCUGAUUGAGGACUACCCACUUUUGGAUCAUAUGAACAAACCUCUGGAAUGUACCAUUUCUAAAGGGGAGCUGAUCUACUUCCCCGACCGCUGGUGGCACGGGACCCUCAACAUCGACACCAGCGUCUUCAUCUCCACCUUCCUCGCACCAGCAUAGGUGGCAGACCUUGUCAGGGUUAGUCUCAAGGGAAAGUGUUUUAACUGAGCUCUUCAGUUGGUCAGACAUUUUACAGAUUUACAAUUUUUGCCAAUAUAUUUUAUUUAUGAUGAUUUACCUCAUGAAGAUACAAACACCUGUCAUAAUAUGUCUAUUUUUAAUUAUUUUCAAAUUUGAAUAUAUGCAUCUUAGAUGGAUAUAAUUUGUCCAUGAAUAUGUAUAAGUAGAGAUUAUUAGCCAUGUGUAUUUCUGUAUCGUAUAUCAUAUAUCAGGUUAAGAAAUUGUGUCAGGCAAGUCUUUGGCAAGUUUCAUAUAUAUUUGUUAUUUCUAACAUAUGAUAUUUACAAUUAACACAGAAAUAUUCAAGGGUGAUAAUCUCUUUAUCAUAAAAUGUCAUUCUUAAAAUAUUCAAUGUUUAACAUGUGUUUAAGACAUAAUAUCUAUUACAGUGAAUAACUUUAGAAACCACAUAUGAUUUAGUGCCAAAUAAUUUGAAGCCAUUUUGUGAACAGAAGUAUGCAAGCAUCGAAAAAAAACCUGUCUAAAAUCAGUGGGAAAGUUUGGCAAUAAUUUAUUGAGCAAGUAGACAUUGUCUUGGUGCAUGGAGCCUAAAACAGAGUAAAACACUGCAGGGAUAACAAAUUUUAUGAGGGACACAGCCCCGAGUGGUUUAUUCUCCCUGCAGUGUUUUAUUGUAUGAAAAACAACGACCAUGCGCCGUUUAUUUCUUAUAUGAAUUAUCAAUAUUAUGUACAGCCUCUUUAAGGGUGUUAAUAAAAUGUACAAGCUUUAAAAAUAUUUACCCGUAUUUAAAUAAUGAUGACUUCCUGAAUAGAAUCCCACCUCGGCAAUGUCGGACAAGUCCAUUUUAUGAACAGGGGGUUAAAUUUGGUCUUUUUCACAUAUUCUCUCAAUUUGCACAUCAGUUAUGUGUACCUUUUCUCCCAACACCAAUUGUCAUAUCUCUCCCACUUUUUGAUGCGAUCUUUUGGCCAUUGCAUUUAUCUACGUUGCCCAGCUACACCUAUGGGGAACAACUCACGAGACACUUCCCUCUCAAAAAUAAUGUUGUCAAAUUUACUACGUCAUCAAGUUGCGAGCGCAUGUUUGAAUCUCCAGAAAUGUCGUCAUGAAAGAACAAUGUAAUAUCAUGAAAUAAACCGCACUUCGUUCUUCAUUGCCAUUUAUCGCGUAGCUAUCUUAUAUAUGAUAAUAAGGAUUCCUUAGUUAGAAAAUGUUGUUUUAUGCCACACUCAGCAACAUUCCAGCAAUAUCACAGCAACCUGUAAGUAAACAAGUCUUUCCCAGGGAAACCAGUGGUUGAUAGCAUGAGCAAUGAUCUGUGAUGUUGGGGUAUGAUGACCAGGGAGUGAGAGGCUGACAGUCAUCCCCAAGACUUCAGGAAGUGUCAGUAAAAAUUCCCAAAUUGGAAUUAAUAACUUCCUAAUUAUGUUAAUAUUCAUUAUGGCUUUGUAGAGGUAGAACUGUAUUUAACUGGACCAAUAAAGAGGGAGAGGCUUAAUGCUUAGUUUUACAUUAUUGCACAGAAUGCAGUGUUAAUUUAGCUCUGAAUUCAGGAUUAUAACAAGUUUGAAAAAUCCAAAAUUUGAAUUCUUUCCCAAUUUACUUGUCAACUCAAUUUGGAAUCCUAGGUAAAUCCCUCGACGACAUAAAAUCAGCCUAAGUCGCACAUUAUGGCCACCUAGUUGUUUUGGUAGGCAUUUCAAAGAACAUUCGGUAUGUGUGACCAUUGUGCCUCUAUAAUGAGGAUUUUGUCAUAUGUAAAUAUUUCUUAUCAAAGACCUAUCUAUAUGUGUUAAUCUUUUGUAUAAUACAUGAUCUUUUGUGUGAAAUUAAUAAUACAUCAUUCAGGCAAUGUUUUCAGUACAUUAUUAACUGAUAUAAUUGAAAUAUGCAUCAAAUACAAAUAUGUACCUAUCAUACUACAUGAAAAAUUAUCAUACCUUUCAUUAAAAUACUAGCUUCUGAUUGGUUGAGGAGCGGGCAAUUAUUUUUCCAUGUAGCCCGCUCACAGGUGGGGUAAAAAAUUCAUGGAGCCCGCCGAGAAAUCAAUCAGAACACAUCUUAGGUAACUUACUUAUCUCGCAUAAUUAUCGUUGAGUUUCUGAAAGUGAUUUGGUAAAGGGAAGUAACUUGGUUCGUUUGUGUUGUGUUGUUUGUUUCUCAAAACAAGAAGUGGAACAAGUUUUGCUGACUUGCUGAAACUGCGGAUGCAUAUUCUGUACCUGUAUGAAUAAAUGUCGGUAAGAUAAAUUUGUUGUCAAACGAUCCUUCGGGGCAUAUGUUGUGAUGGAUUCUUGCCUGGCAGCUUGGGGCACAUAGGCUCACACACAGGGCACAUGACAUGUCAUCUUCCAUCCUUGUAUGAAAAAUCUUUGUGGAGACUGUUUAAAUGCUGGAACUGCCAUAAGGACAAUGAAUAUCUUAUUGUGCCGUUGUCUACUCAGAAGUAUGUGGGUACCUGGUAGGUUAUGUCAAUGCUGUUGAGGUAUGUCCGUCCAAGUGAGUAUGUACGACAUGGUAUCCUACACUGGGAUGUUAAGAAUAUAGAAUAGCACUAUGAAACAGCAGCCUGGGCAGGUACUUCAAUACUUCUUGUAGAGAAGUGUUAUCUACAAAUGUCCCACAGCUCCUAUGUGACAAUAUACUUUUCCAUAUUCAGUCAUUUUUUGCAGAUACACGUUGGAUGCAAUAACAAAUAUAUAUAUAU